CCGUUGAGCGAUGCAGCGACGCGGGGAGAACGACGUAGCCUACUUGCCGGCAAGCCUGCGAGUUCACAUCGCUCGCAUCAACGCGACAGCGUGCGCUCGUUUCUUGCAUACUCGCUGCUAUCUUCGCCUUGCGACGACAUGACAUAUAGUCACAGCUGACGUGCGGUGCCGAUGAGAAGGGUAUAAGUGUGUAUAGGUAGUCGCAGACGAAGUAAGAACGACCUGGUUCUUGCCCUUGGCAGUAAACCGGUCCACCGGCGUUACUGCUUACGCGUGUUUAAUUCGAGAGGAGGGUACAGUGACUCCGCAGGCGCACACAGACGUCGUCGUCGUUCCGUUAUUGUCGUUUGUGACUGUCGGGACACAACAGCGGAAACAUGGCCUUUCUCUGUCCAGUGAGGACGCGCAAGUCAAGGAAAAAACCAGAUCACCGCGAGGCGAAGUACGCGCCCCCUGCCGGCCGCAUCACGGGCAGCGCCAGCCUGGAGACGCUGAUGACUGCCGGGAAGGAUCCGGCGCCGGCGGCCGCCAUCUUUACUCCCGAGCAGAAGCUCAUCGUGCUUCACGACUUCGCGCCGUGCGUCGAUGAUGAGAUCGGCGUCAAGCGCGGUCAGACGGUCUACAUGCUUUACCAGGAGAACGAGUGGACGUACGUGGUGCGUGAGCCCGAUAGGCGGGAAGGCUUCAUCCCCGGCACGUACACGGCGCGCUUUGGCACGCCCCUCGCCGAGCUAGCGCUGGGCAUUCGACACAAGAUGCCGUCGACAGCAACGAUCGAACCCAUCGCCGCGCAGGCGGGUAGCAAACAGGCGACAGCGAGAGGAGGCGGCGGCGGGGUGCCCGUGGAGCACGAGCGGUACCUGAGUCACGCGAGCUCCGGGUAUAGCACGGAGAACGAACACCUAGCGGCUUCGGGAAAGCACGGCGGAGAUGGCCGAGCGAGUCAGCAGGGGCACUGGCACCCGCCUCUGCAGCAGCAACAGCAGCAGCAGCAGCAGCAGCAGCAGCAGCAGCAGGAGCAGCAGCGCGGCUACAACCCGCAGUCCCGCUCCGCCUCGGACGCGCACAACUACCGCCAACAAGCCGCCGCUGCUGCCGCCUACCGUCACGCGGACGCUCACCACCAGGGCGGCGCUCGCUACCCGCCACCGUACCCGCAGCAGCAGCAGCAGCACAGCACGCCAGCGCUGUCGCCGCUGCGGCGCGAGUCGUUUAAGGAGACGUUUAAGCGGGCGUCGGACGUGCGGCAGUUCGCGAAGACGCCCGCCGGUCGCUACAUCGUGCUCUACACGUUCAAGGCGCAGGACGAGAACGAUGUGAGCGUCGAGCGGGGCGAAUUCGUCACUGUGCUCAAUCAGGACGACAGAGACUGGUUCUGGGUCGUGAAGCGCACGGGCACCGAGGGCUUCGUGCCGAGCGCCUUCAUGUACCCGGCCGACAACACGUUCACGCAAGCGGCGCUCGGGGCCAGUCUACGUUGACCCCCCCCCCUGCAGUAGGGACAAUGUGCGCUGAUUCGCGCGUGCGCAGUAGUCACGCGCGACGUUUACUUGCGCAUGUCUAAUGAUGAGCAUUUACGCUGAUCUGCGCGUGCGCACUAAUGACGCUACACUGAUUCACGCAUAGAAAUACAUAGAGCCUAGGCUAGGCCUACCUAUAUUAUUUCUAUUGAUUCACGUGUAUCUUGUUGUGGGCUUUUACGCUGAUCUACGCAUGCGUAGUAGUGGGCAUUUACGCUGAUCUACGCUUACCCGGUAAUCAGACUCGUAUAGACAGGAGUCACUAAGGGUUGUCCGAGAGGACCAUCACGUUGAUAACCGUAUAACGGUGCUUGUAGCGAGAACGACUCUCAAUCGAGCUGCACGUGGCACCAUCUGUUAAGCAAAUAAAAUUUUCGAUUUUACGCCUGUCACUAGAACUUUGACGGUAUCAGCUCUUAUUAACGAGGAAUUAUGCGAGAACUAUAGAAAACAUCAAAAAUUUAUCGUGUCUUUCGAUUGGUUGCUGGAUUACCAUGAUGAUACGAACAUUUAUAGGGAUAUGCUAAUCCAUAAAAUAUUGCAGUGGCAAUAGCCAUGUAAUUUUUUUUACAAUACGUGGGUGGGCCUACCGUAUAAGUUUUGACGCACCGCUGAAUUUUUUAAAAAUUAUAUACUCGAAAUUCAAUACAUUUUUUUAUUUUUUCAGCGGUGGUCUCAUGCUCACGCUCACCAUUCCAAUGUUGUAACCCCAGUAAUUGAUGGCAGAGGUCACUAUAGAGGUCAUAGUAAUUAGAUAUAGCAAUAACGCGCGUAUUGGUUCGAUUCUAUCAUUUCUAUCGCCGUAGCUGAGGUAACAGACAGAAGAAACAUGUAAAAUGAAGCAAUGCUUGUCUCGAAACCAUGUAAUGUAAUGCAAUCGUGUAUGUAGUCAAGGCGGUAGCUAGGAAUUAAUGUAUGAGAGGGGGGGGCAAGGUGAACGAGCGCCGGAGGCGCUCGCUUUUAAGGGGUCUGGGGGCAUGCCCCCCAGGAAAUUUUGAAAUAUAGAAGCUCUGAAAUGCUAUUUCCAGCCAUUUCAGGUAGGUUACAUACUUAAAACGUCAAUAUCAAUCAACUGUAAAUUGUUGAACUUAAUAAGUUCCCAUUAUUCUUCAUUGGGUUCUUUUUUGGUGGGGGGCAGCUGCCCCCCCCCCAUGCUGGCUACGGCCCUGGUAGUAAGUAUACGAACCUUGAGCAGGUGCGUGGAUGCGCGCUUGUUACCAACUUUAGUUAUAUAAAGCUGGUAGUCGGUGAAAGUAUUUUCUACGCAUAAUCAAAAAUGUAUUUGUACAAAUAUACGAGUUGUAUUUCAUGCCGGAUAAGCCACAGCAUAUGUACAUAACCGCUGAAAACAUUAAAAUACUUAUAUAUA